AUGCCGAGGAGGAAGUCCAUACUUAAAAUUAUAAUUCUCGGAGAUAGUGGGGUAGGAAAGACAUCCCUGAUGAACCAGUUUAUAAAUAAAAGAUUCACGAAUCAGUACAGAGCUACAAUUGGAGCUGAUUUUUUAACAAUGGAAAUGACCGUCGAUGACAAGGAAGUCACGCUUCAGAUUUGGGACACAGCUGGCCAGGAAAGGUUCCAGAGCUUGGGGAAGGCCUUCUACCGGGGAGCAGACUGUUGUAUGCUGGUCUACGACACCACAAACCAGAAAACGUUCGAGUCCAUAGAGUCGUGGAAGUCCGAGUUUUUGAUUCAGGUGGACCCCAAGGAUCCGGAUUCUUUUCCGUUCGCCUUGGUUGGAAACAAAAUAGACGACGUUGAGAACAAGAAGGUUAGCACAAACAAGGCCCUAAGCUGGUGUAAGGCCAACAACGACAUUCCUCACUUUGAAACGAGCGCAAAGACGUCUCACAACGUCACGAACGCAUUUAAUGAAAUCGCAAAGCGUGCCAUAAUCAGGGACAAUCAGGACGACGAGGUUUACAUUCCUGACACCCUGCUUUUGGAUCAAAGAAACGUACAACAAGUGUCCGGGAACUGUUCUAGGGGACUUACUAGCAUGGUUGGAUGCCAAAACUGA